UAUGAAAUUAGGAUAAUAAAGGGCAAGGAGGUGACGUGCAAGUACAAGAUUAAUUAAAUGAUAUAUUAACACAAUGGAAGAGUCUCAAACCCUAUAUAUACAAGUAGGCCUCCAAGAACAGAAUUUCGGAUUUGGAUCAAACCAUACAAAGAGAGAAAAGAAACCAGAUAAGUAGAUAGCAUUAAAGAGAGUGAGUGGUGGGGCUAAUACAUUAUGGCCUCUACUUUUCUGAUUCAAACUAUCAAGUUGGGGAAAUGCUUCAUUUGUCUUUCUAUGGUUGUUGUUCUUCAUGUUUGUUUUAGUAAUUCUCAUUGGUUUGUUGAUGCAAAAGAUGUAGUUUUUAAAGCUACGCAUAGUGAACUUAAUUUGGACCUUCAAAAUCACUUUCACACUGUUGAAAUUAGCUCUCUUCUUCCUGCUUCUGAGGAUGAAAGUUGCAAUGCUUCCCCAAAAGAGAAGAGAAAGGAGAGUUCAUUAGAGGUGAGGCAUAAAUAUGGGCCCUGCUCCACCUUGGAUUUGGACAAAACAAGCCGCCCUAGCCAUGUGGAAAUCCUAAGACACGAUGAAGAGCGAGUUCAAUCAAUAAGAGAGCGAGUCAGACCCAAAACGGUUGAGGUUGACUCGUUCGAGUUGUACAAUGUACCUAAAAAGGACAGGAUGAAACAGAAGGCAGUGGGCCUCCCAGCAAUGUCCGGAAGCACAAUUGGGUCUGGAAAUUAUAUCGUCACUAUUGGGCUUGGGACUCCUAAGAAGGAUCUCUCUCUUAUAUUUGAUACAGGCAGUGAUUUCACAUGGACACAAUGUGCACCAUGCAAAAAGAGUUGUUACAAGCAAAAGGAUCCCAUCUUCGAUCCCACAGAAUCAUCAACAUAUUCGAACAUUACGUGCUCCUCCCCCCUAUGCUCAAAGGUGAGAUCGGCCACCAGUGCUUCGCCAGGAUGUUCUUCCUCGACUUGCAUCUAUGGUAUCCAAUAUGGGGACUCAUCCUUCUCAGUUGGGUUCUUUGCCAAAGAUACGCUAAGUUUAGGCUCUUAUAAUACUAUUCCAAACUUCUAUUUUGGAUGUGGGGAGAACAAUCAAGGCCUUUUUGGUGGGUCUGCUGGGCUUCUUGGGCUUGGACGGAACCAAUUGUCGUUUAUGUCACAAUGUGCACCAAAGUAUGGCAAGUAUUUCUCUUAUUGUUUGCCUUCCAGAUCUACCUCUACUGGACACCUUACUUUUGGUAAAGGAGGCACGAUCUCAAAAACUAUCACCUACACACCUCUUUUAUCAAGUUCAGCAGGACCAUCCUUCUAUUUCAUAUCGUUACAAGGCCUAAGAGUUGGUGGCCAAAAACUCCAAAUAUCUCCCACGGUUUUCUCACAAGGUGGGACCCUUAUCGACUCUGGCACCGUCAUCACUCGUCUUCCACCUGACGCGUACUCAGCAUUACAAGGCGCCUUUAGCAAAGCUAUGUUUAAGUACCCAAAGGCACCAGCAUUAUCAAUCCUAGAUACCUGCUAUGAUCUAAGCAGCUACCCCACGGUGACAGUGCCCAAAAUUGGACUUCUUUUUAAUGGUGGAGCUGAAGUUGUUAUACCUCCUUCUGGAAUUUUUUAUGUCAAGAAUUUGUCACAAGCUUGUCUUGCAUUUGCUAGUAAUGAGGAUCCUAGUGAUGUUGGUAUUUUAGGGAAUGUUCAACAACUUACUUUUGAUGUUGUUUAUGAUGUUGCUGGUGGUAAACUUGGUUUUGGUCCUGGUGGAUGUCUUUAGAAUCUUACUCAUGUCUCAUACUUAGCAUGCAUAUUACUUAAAAUUGUGGAAAACUUUGAUUGUAUUCUACUCUACUUAAUGAUUUAUAGUAAUCAUUACAAGGAAAAUCCUUGGAAUUGUAUCUGUUACAUUUAUGUAUUUGUAUUUUCACAAUCUUUUCAGAUUAUGAAAGAAAACAAGUUUUAAGGUGAAAAUUUCAACCAUAUAUUAAAUAAAAAUUUAAAAGUUUUUCUA